GAAAGUACCUCGGUGCACCAUCGUCUUCUAAAACUUGUAUCCUACCUCCUGAGCCACAUUUGCAGCCGAACAGAUGGGUAUAGUUAUAAUCACUGGAAUAUGCAUACUUCUGGCCUUUACAGUCUUCUCAGUUGCAAGAAAAAGAGCCAAAACUCCUCAACAACUUCCACCAGGACCAAACCCCUUGCCCAUCAUAGGAAACAUACACAAACUAGGCAAGCACCCCCAUAAAUCCCUGGCCAAACUCGCCCAGGUUUACGGACCCAUCAUGCGCCUAAAACUUGGCCGCAUCAACACUAUCGUCAUAUCGUCGUCAAUUACAGCUCGACAAGUCCUCCAAAAGCAAGACCUCGCCUUCUCUAGCCGCCCUGUACCUGAUGCUAUUCGCGCUUGCGACCAUUUCAAAUACUCUGUCGUGUGGCUGCCUGUCAGCAGUACGUGGAGAAGCCUAAGAAAAAUUAUGAGCUUAAAUUUAUUUACGACGAAUAAGCUCGAUGCAAAUCAGCAUUUAAGGAGUAAGAAGGUGCAGGAGCUGAUUCGGUACUGUGAAAAUUGUAGCCGAAACGAGGAGGUGAUCGAUAUUGGCCGUGCUGCUUUUCAGACUUCACUCAAUUUUUUGUCCACCACUAUAUUUUCCAAGGAUAUGACGGACCCGAGCCGGGAUUCGGAGGCUAAGGAGUUCAAGGACUUGGUGUGGAAUAUCAUGCUUGAGGCCGGGAAGCCUAAUUUGGCGGAUUACUUUCCGGUUCUUGAAUGGAUUGAUCUGCAAGGUAUAAAGCGGAGAAUGACUAGUCAUUUUGAGAAGCUAAUUGAACUUUUUAAUGGUUUGUUAAACGAACGCUUGGAGUUGAAGAGGUUGGGACACGCUGAUGAGAAUACUAGUACAGAUGUGCUCGAGGAACUGCUAAGAUUAUUGCAAGCAAAUGAGAUCAAUAAAAUUCACACUCUACACCUGUUUAUAGACUUAUUUGCAGCAGGAACAGAUACGACUUCGAGUACAGUGGAAUGGGGGAUGGCUGAGGUAUUGAGAAAUUCGGAAACAGUACUGGUGAAGGCGAAAGCUGAGCUCAACCAAGUGAUCGGAAAAGGAAAGAUUGUAGAGGAAUCAGAUAUUUCUAAGUUGGCCUAUUUGCGAUGCAUUGUUAAAGAAACCUUGAGGUUACACCCACCAGUACCCUUCUUAAUUCCACGAAGAGUGGAAGAUGAAGUUGAACUAUGUGGCUACACCCUUCCAAAGAAUUCACAAGUUCUAGUUAAUGCAUGGGCUAUCGGACGGGACCCUACGCUAUGGCGGAAUCCACUGUUAUUUGAGCCUGAGAGAUUUAUGGAUUCUGAAGUUGAUGUCUAUGGGCAUGAUUACGAGUUGAUUCCAUUUGGCGCGGGCAGAAGGACAUGUCCUGGACUGCCGUUGGCUAUGAGGAUGGUGCCGGUUAUGUUGGGAUCCCUCAUAAAUGGUUUCGAAUGGAAACUUGAAGGUGAGAUUGCACCAAAGGAGUUGGACAUGGAGGAUAAAUUCGGGCUGACUCUAGCCAAGCUUCAUCCGCUUCGUGCUGCAGCAACUCCAGUUGUUCCCUAGUUAAAUUUCACAGCUGAAAAUAUUUCAGAUACAAAAUUGGAUAUAAAAGCUUUCAGAUGUGUUAAGUUUUGAUUGGAAUUGUCCCGUAUAUGUACUAAUAACAUCAAUUAAAACAUCGUGCCAUGUCUGUUUCUUUACGUGUUAGAUUAUGAGUCUGUUUAGGAUUUGUGAUCUUUGAGCAUAAACUUGAUGUACUUAAUUUCCUUCUCGUGGAAUCAAAAUUUCACUUUAUUCCUCUAAUGACAAAUAAACAUCUUUUUCCUA